AUGAAUGUAUUAGAUAAACUUAUUGAAAACUUUGAUCAAGCGCAUUCAAUUUAUAAUACUAAUAAAGAGUCAUUCACAGAAGAUGAUAUAAGAAGACACAUAUUUAUUUGUCUUGUGACUGGCAUAGGUUUCGAAAAAUACGCCGAGAUUAUGGCAUACAAUAAUAUUCAUAUUCCUUCAGUUAGUACACUUUUUGAAAGACAGCAUAUUUAUGGAAAUGUUAUUGAAGAUUAUGUUUUAGCGAAAAUUCAAGAACUGAAAGAUCGGUUUGUUGCAGAUGAUGAUGAUAUAUAUGCAUAUGAUGCUGCUUUUUCUGGAAGACGUGGAGCAAAGCAAGCAUGUGGAAAUAUUGCAGAUGUCAAGCAUAAUUUUAUUUGUGAAAUUGGUAUUGCUGUCAAGGAUGAAUCUCUUGCUGGUAAAUUCAAAACAGUAAUUGCUCUUCCACCUGAUGCACCUUCAUCUAUGUUGGAAAACAAUAUUCUUCGAAAGCUUUUAGAAACUGAUACCAUGCAAUCUGCAUAG